AUGCUGCCGAUCGAGGGCCCGAAACAAGUCCUGUGUCGCCAGAUCGCCGAGACGAAGCCGUACUGCGUGGCCGUCCACGCGAAUUCGGCUGGCCAGGCUGGCGAGCUACGGGCUGUGAUCAGCGACGUUUUGAUGUUGAUGCCGGACUUGAAAAAGCUUUGGCUCCACUUCGGCCGUGAGAUCUUGGAGACCGAGUGCCUCGCCGACGUGAAGACGCCCACGAUCGUCGUCUACAUGGUAGUGAUGAAAGAAGUACGGGGCGGUGUUGACGAUCACUACAAAAAGUACGAGCCGAUCCCCGGCCUGCUCGAGCACACGUUGGCGACUCUUUUUUUACAGCAAUGGGAAAAUCGGGAACGCGAGAUUGACUACAUCGAGCUGAACGUGCAGAAAACUUUGGGUGGCAACGGCUACGACCGAGCGGUCGCCUGGCACGAGCUGGACAAGGAAUUCGAGAAGCUGCCAAGCAGGUUGUGCGAGGGACGAGUCGACCUGCACAAAGUCUCGAGGACCGAUUGGUACUGCAUGAUCCGUCGUGAGCCGUGGAGCAACGAGGGCCUUAUCGUCACUAUCCGCGGGGGCAGCGUCAUGCUCUGCGCCUGCAGCUACACGUCUCGCAGACAUCUUUCAUUCCACGACUGCCGGGCUUACAACGACGCUGUGGAUGCGGCUCGGGAACAGCUCGAGAAGAUUUGCAAACGGGAGCGCAGCAAGGAUGGGCAAUUGAUUGGGCAGGAUCGUGCCGUGACGAAGCACCGCUGCGAGGUCGUCGUCAACGAAUGGGUCAACUCCGAGAUGUACAAGACGUUGCCACCCCGCGAGGUGCUCAUUGAACGCAAGAUUUACAACUACUGGUCGUAUCCGUCGUAUUCAUGGCCAUUUAUGCAUGACGAACUCGCAACCAGCGACGACCCGAUCCUGAACGCGUACAACAACCUCUUCACCAAGGAA